AUGUCGCCAUACAUGCAGCUUAAGUCACCGUUCAGGUCUCCCUCCAUUGAUCUUGGCCAAGGACUUGACCGAAAGGCUGAGUACAUGGAUAAAGAUGGCGUUCUGCGCAGAUCAAGUAGUGUGACUCGCAGGAUGAUCCAGCGAGGUGCCUCUAUCACAGAUGCUGGCGAUGUAAUGCCAGACGAGCAACUACACACGUCAGUCAAUACGCGCAGCGUAGAGAAGCAUGCUAGUCGCAAAGCCUCGAUACAACUUGGCGAAGAAGCCACUCGGAAGGCUGCAGCGAAUGCCGUACUCAAAUACCAAGCCAAGAUUGACAAGGAGGAGGGACUGAAAAAGGCGAACCAGCGAGUGGCCGAGCGGGUACGGCGAUACGAAGAGCUUCACCUAAGCUUAGAAUCCCUCGGAGAUGUCGUAGAUGUCACGGAGAACAGUACCGCGAUGUCGCCAUCCAAGACCAACACGUACAUCGAUGAAGAGGGAAAUCUCCGUCGGAGGAUCUUUGUACCCACCGAACUGAACAGCACCCAAGAUGGUUUCAUCCCUGGACCAGCCACACCACCGCUUCCCGACCUAAGCCAGGUUGACGAACCGCAGGAGUAUUUCUAAACGUGCCCGUAUUAACUUGAAUUCAUUUGUACAUCAAAGAAAAUAGCAGUCGACCAAAAAGUUGAGUG